AUGAAAUUUGAUACAUUUUAUGCAACGGUAAAUGAUUGGGGUUAUUAUCAAAAAAUAAAAUUUUUCAUUAUUUGUCUCGCUAAUAUGGUGCCACCACUUAUAUUUUAUACAUGGUCAUUUACUGCAGCAACACCGGAUUUUCGAUGUAGUCUUCCAUUGGAAUCUGAUGCGUAUAAUUCUCAAAUGAAUCACCUCUAUGAUACAACAUAUAAACCAACAAUAGACGAUUGUGCUACGCAUCAAAAAUUACUGUCAUUAAAAGAAUGUCAACGAUGUUUCAUAAGAAUUGCUACACAUAAUACAACGUCUAUUAGUAAACUUCAUAAGUGUCAAGAUUAUGUAUUCGAUCGAUCGAUCUAUAAGAAGACAUUAGUUGAAGAGUGGACUAUGGUUUGUGAUCGAGUUCUUUAUCGUACAGCUGUUCAAGUUGCCUAUUUUAUUGGUGUCAUGGUCGGUGCAGUUUUUUUCGCACGGUUUUUACUCGCUUGUUCAACACGUGGUAUUAGUGAAUCAGGAUUUGUCCUAAGUUCAGAAUUAGUUAGUCCAAGAAAACGUGUUAUGGCCGGUGCAGUAAUGACUUAUUUCUAUGCUUUUGGUCAAUUAUGGCUUGUACUUUUUGCUUAUUUCAUUCGAACAUGGAGAAUGUUACUAUUAACUACAUCAUUUCUGAUGUUACCCUAUUGUUUGUUUUAUCUUUUUUUACCUGAAAGCCCUCGAUGGUUAAUUAGUAAAGGACGAUUCAGUGAAGCGGAAAAGGUUCUACGAACUAUUGCGAUAGAAAAUAAACAAAAAUUUAGUCAUGAAGCUUAUGAACAAUUUAAAGCAACACAAAAUAGAGAUCGUCAUGGAACAGUGCCUCAUGCUGGUAUUUCAAGUCUAUUUCGAUUCAAAAUUACAGCUUUUAUUACUCUAAAUCUCUUUUUUCAAUGGUUCGCUCAAAAUAUCGUCUAUUAUGGAGUUUCACAGAGUACAGGAUCCUGGCAAGUCGAUCCGUAUCUAUCAUUUUGUAUCAGUGCAGCGGUGGAACUACCAGCCUUUAUGUUCAUUCAACUCAUACUCGAUCGAGUAGGACGAAAAAUACCAUACUGUUCAUUUGCUGCGUCUUUCGGGAUUAUUGCAAUGCUCGUUCUACCUGUUCAAACAUACAUGGGUGCUUAUAAAGAUGCUCAACGUAUAAUAGUGUUUAUAAUCAAUAUAUUGUUGAAAUUUUGUGGUUCUCUUACUUUUCUUAUUAUCUAUAUACUUACUACGGAACUUCUACCGACAAAUACACGAACAACAGGAAUGGGAUAUUCGUCCAUGAUCGGUCGAUUAGGAGCCAUUAUGGGAACAUUUUGCAAUGAUUAUCUAACACGUAUUUGGAGUAAUUUUCCUAUUGUACUUUACGGAGUCAUUUCACUUAUUGCUGCCGGUUUGGCUAUAACAUUUCCUGAAACAUUAAAUCGUCCAUUACCACAAACAUCCGAAGAAGUCCAUCGAAUGGGUCUCGCAUUUGGUUUACUAUCCGACAAUAAGUCAAAGAAUAAAUAUGACGAUGAUGAUGAUGAACCUGCUGCGCAAAUAUUAACAAUCAAUGAGGAUAAUGAGAAACAGAAAUCAGUAGAAAAUAUAAAUGGUAAACCCUAA